AUGACAGAUGCUGUUUAUUCUGUUGAAAUUCCUUCUGAAUUCAUAGUACUUGCUAAAUAUGCUAAAGAACUUAUUCCAUACUCAAAAUGUCAAAUUUGGCAAAAUUUUCUUACAACCUGUCGAAAUCAACCAAUACUGUGCUCACAAGCAAGUGCUAAUCCAAUCCUAUCUGUUGACAAGUCAGAUAAAGUUGUUGCAACUAGUACAGAAAUAAAUGUAAAAAGUAUUGAAUCUGAAAAACAAGAUAAUGAAUUACACGUGUCUUAUUCAGAAUCUUGUUAUUCAAUCUUACAAGCAGAUAUAAAACUAUUUCAUAUAUUUAUCAAUCGACUGAUACAUAGUUGUUCGAAAUGGGAAAUUCUACCGAUUUCACAAUCAAUUAAACUGUUUCCUAAUAUGCAUAAUGAUUUGGAUUAUUUAAAACACAACUUUAAUGUUAAUAGUAUUAAAUUUUUUACAACAUUAUUUGACUAUAAUAAGAAUUUGAGUUAUAUCAAUCAUGUUUGUCAAGGAUGCAUAAAUUUAUUUGAUCUAUUUCAAAUUCAACUUGACAAUAGUAAAAUUAUGCUUACUGAUGUAUUACAAAUAAAUGAAAAUACCAAUGGGAAAACUUUCUUAACCAUAUAUCAAACUUUUCAUCAACGUAUUUAUGUUCGUUAUUCAACAAAAAUGAACAAAAUAUUUUCUUAUUAUGGUUCAGCCUUAGAACUAGUAAAAUUUCUUUAUUCUCUUUCAGCAUCCGAUGUCGAUAAUCUACGUGAAACAGUCAACGGUUGGGAUGAAACAUUAAUCAAUACAAAAACAAUUCUCGAUUUAGUCACAUUGAAAACAUUUCUAGAUCAACUUAGUGAUAGAAUUAAAAUGAUUCAAGAACAAUCAUCAUCAAUUCUUACAUUAGAUAGGGUUACAGCUUGUGUUGAACGUUUAUUGGAAGUGGAUCAAUCGAAAACAAUAUUUGAAUGCUUCGAGUCUUGUCAUCUAUUAUUACCUAGUAUCCAAUAUAUUUACAUGAAUUUGACAGAAAGAAGACUUUCGAAAAGACGACAAAUUUUAAACAUUAUGAAAAAUGUUUCAUUUAGCUUUAAAAGUCUUGGCCAACAAGGACUCAAAGAACCUUACGAAUUAAAUUAUAAUUAUGACAUUACAAUAAAUUUCAAUGAACUUAGUGAUCUUCGUGAUCGUGCACGACUUAUCGAAUAUUCGAAUAGAAUUAAAACACAAGAUGAUAUAGAACAAGAUACUGAAAUGCUUCAUUCAUUCGUUUCUUUUGUUGAUACUAUUGAAAACAUAAUCAGAAACUUGACACAACUCAAUAUGGUUGGUUACCCUUGUGUUCAAUCUCUUCUAGAAUCAAGCAAAACUUUUACAUGUAUUGAAGGCAAAUACAAUAAAUUAAUUGAAUUUGAACAGACAAUUGAAAAAUUACGAGUUGAAUGGGAAUAUCAUUUGUGUGAAUUAUACAAAGAACAUAUCUCAUUAACCUAUUUCUUUUAUCAACAAUUUUGGAUAGUCGAACGUUAUUUGUACAAUCGAACGACAGUUAUCAAUAAUGCUUAUCAUUUGCUUAAGUAUAUUGGUAUACAACCUGAACUAAUUCAAUACGAUUUUCUACUCGAUAUGAACCAAGAUCCAGUAAAUCGUCUUAAAAAAGUUGGUCAAAUGUUAUCAACUCAAAAAACUAAAAUCAUAGAAAUAAAUGAACAAAAAUAUUUGACUAAUAAUAGAGUACUACUAGUUCAAACAUCUGAUGAAGGUAUUAUGCGUGCUAUACUUUCUCUCUUUACAUUUGUUCAAGUACCAGCUAGAUUUAAUCGAUUAUUUUAUUGUACAGAAAGAACAACUUGGAUGGAAAUGCGAGCAUUUGCCUAUCGUUGUUUCUAUUCAGAAAAAUUUCACCAACUUAUUCGACCGGAACUGUUAACAUUAUCAGUUCAGGAUAAAUUUAUUGAACUUUUACAUCAAAUGAUUAGUUCGCAACCAGAUCGUCGUUUUCAAUUUGGUAUUAUAACCGCAUCAUCAAGUAUAAAUCAGCAAUUAAUUAAUAGUUUGAAAGCUCUGGAGCUUGUUCACGAGAUCUAUGAUUACCAAAUGUUGAAUAUAAUCAAACUCAAAGAAGAAAUUGAGAAAUUAAAUAAAAAAAAUUGUUUUCUUGUCACAUCGCCUAUCGCUGGUCUUGGCAAAUCGACUAUUAUUCGAAACAUAAUACAUGAAUCUGGUAAAGAAUACAUAAAAUUUCCGAUUAGUGGUAACAUCGAUAUGGAAAGUUUGGUAACACGUUUUUGCAAUUGUGCAAAUGAUUCAUCAUCAUCAUCAAAAAUAGCUAUUCAUAUCGAUAUUGGCGUUAUUCAUGAUAUUAACCAAUUAAAUGAAUUCCUAUAUUCUAUUAUUCUGUUUCGUAGUUUUCGUUGUGAAUCCGUGGCUAUCAAUGUUGAUGUUGAUGUACCAAUAUAUAUCGAACUUGAUUCAUCUCCACAAAUGACAAGUCUAUUUGAAAAAAUAAUUAUUUUGCAAAAUCUUGAAAAACUUCAAAUUCUUCUUAUCGAAUGGAACCAAAUGAAUAUUCAUUAUUUAGUAGGUAUUCAAUUAGUUAUUAAUUAUCUUCAAGCAAUUAAUGAACAGACAAUUAAUGAAAAAGAUAUUAAUGAAGAAAAUUUGGAUGAAAUUGACAAAAUGACUUGUGCAAAACUUUUACGAAAACAAUUUAUAGGCAAAAAAGAUAAUAAACAAAUUAGUUGGACACGAUUAAAAAUUUUAGUGACAAUAUAUCAUUAUUUAUUUUCGGGUUUCUCGAAGUGUGGUUAUUUUCUUUCUGAAUUUACAGAAAAUUCAUCACUUCGCAUGGAUAUUCUUCAACAUCUACUCGAAUCGUCUGAUCAAUUUACAUCUUUGUCAGUUGAAUCUGUACGAAAAAAUCAACGUUCAACAAGUAAUGAUAACCUUAAACUAGAUGAAGCAAUUAUUCGAUGGGAUAAAUUACAACCAUUUACAGUCAUAUUUACUGAUUCGAAUGAUCCAUUAUUUGUCUUUAAAAAAAGAAAUGAUAUACCACGUUCACUAAUCAAUGCAACUAUAGCACCAGUUCGAAAAAGGUUUUUUAAUCGAUUUUUAUUUUUCAAUAAAGAAAAAGCAGAACGACAACGACAAAAACAACAAGAAUUAUUAUUUCCUGAUCAUAAUCAACUUAAACAUUCAGAUUUUUUCAUGAGACUUGCAUCACUAUCGCCAAAAUAUUUUAUCAAAUCGGUAUGUAACAUUUGUUUUAAACAGCAUGAAUACAAUGCCCAAAUAUGUAUGAAUUGUGGAAACAAAGGUCAAUUGAUUCGACCUAAAAAAGAAGAAGAAGAAUUCAAAGAUUCAGAUAUCAAAGAAUUUCAACUGAAAUUUGCAAAUAUAUUCGAAAAAGAAUACGUAUGGACAGCGGAUAAUUAUGUUAAAGCACUUUUAAUAUAUUUAAGGGUGCAAUGCCGUCUUCCUGUUAUACUUAUUGGUGAAACAGGUAAUAUUAAGUAUUCAUGCGAUCAUCUAUUAUAUAAAUAA